AUGGAAGUAGCCUGGGCCGAUCCAGGACGAACAGAGCCGAUGAGACUUUGCCCGAACGGUCUGAACUUUGUCAUAGCUGAUGAUCGAAUGAUGAACAAGAUUAGGUACAAUGAAGUCAUACGUAGUGGUGGACUACAGGAGGAGUUGGGUUGUUCACAUGAAGUUGUCUUCAAAUCAGGCUACAUGAAAUGGCUAUAUGAUUACGAUCGUGCUAUACAGGAUGGUCCCUCUACCAUCCAGCAGACCUCCAUUCUUAGCAUCAUAUGA